GAACCGAACCAGUCAAUCGCUAGACAUCGUCGGGAGUGGAUCGCCGCACGUCCAAACCAACCAAGCACGGCUCGUGUGUAUUCUGUCCUCUUCUCCUUGUAGUUUUCGUUCUGACGUCGUCGUUCAGGACGUUCUGAAGCGUUUGCGGCUAAGCCGGUUUAAGCGAGAGAAGUUUUUGGUCGUUCCCGAAUAUCCAGGUGUAUCGAAGGAAGUUUCGAGCGAUUUUGGGGAGUUUUGGUGGUGAAUCGAAGAAAUUUCGAAAAAAAAGUUAUCGAAGUGCGUGAACGUCGUCAGCUUUGUGUGGGGGUCCAAAAAAUCGAGCAAUCAAUAGAAGUGGAAUAAAUUCUCAGGAAAAAAAAACAACAGCAAAAAAGUGUGUCCUCGUUUGCUGCAGCAGCAAAAGCAAAAGUGAAGUGAACCGAAUUUUAUUGAGGCAAUUUGGCCGCUCGGAACGGAAGUAGCAGACCAAGAGCGAGUUCUUGCAGUCCACAGUUCCGGAAGGAAGCUCGAGGAAACUAGAAAUUUUAUUCACUCCCACUUCUGGAUACGAUAGCAAUGGAUGAGUGGCAAACGGUCGCGUAGCUUCAAGUGUGCAGUACAUCAUCGCGAUCGUGAAGUUUGUUCGGAGAACGAUUUUCAUCUGAUAUUUGAAGAUCCACCAUUAUUCAAGAGAAUGGUGCACGUAAUUGCAAUGGAAGUGCUCCCCGAAGAGCGGGAUCGAAAAUAUUAUGCAGACAAUUAUUCAUGCUGUCCGCCUCCAUUAUUUGUGAUAUUAGUUACAUUAGUUGAGUUGGGUUUCUUCACGUACCACACGCUGACGUCCGGCCAGGCGGAUCCGGCCGGCCCGGUUCCGAUCGACUCGAUGUUCAUCUACCGGCCGGACAAGCGGCACGAAGUUUGGCGGUUUCUGUUCUACAUGGUCCUACAUGCCGGGUGGUUCCAUCUCGGCUUCAACCUAGUCGUGCAACUCCUAGUUGGGCUACCAUUGGAAAUGGUACACGGAUCAACUCGGAUCGGUUGCGUCUAUCUGGCCGGAGUGCUCGCUGGAUCGCUAGGAACCAGCGUGUUCGACCCGGAAGUCUACCUCGUUGGCGCUAGCGGCGGCGUGUACGCCCUGCUGGCCGCCCACCUCGCCAACGUCAUGCUCAACUACCGCCAAAUGCAGUACGGCAUCAUCCGGUUGCUGGCGAUCUUCCUUUUCGCUUCCUGCGACGUCGGCUUCGCGAUCUACUCGCGGUACGCCGUCGAGCCGGAGAGUGGCGCCCCCUCGGUGUCGUACGUGGCCCACCUGACGGGGGCGCUCGCCGGCCUCACGAUCGGCCUGUUGGUGUUGAAAAAUUUCGAGCAAAAACUGCACGAACAGCUGCUCUGGUGGGUGGCGCUGGGCGUGUACGCGGCGUGCACCAUCUUCGCGGUGGUGUUCAACCUGCUCAACACCGUCACCGUGCAGCGGCUCGAGGAGGAGGGCGAACAGGUACUGAAGCAGCGACUUUUCAACAAUUUUGGAUUUUAAACGCGGUGCCGCGUUCACGGAGAACUCGGAAGCACCGGAUCUCAGGGGGGCGUUCUGAACGCCGGCCGGAAGUUCUGAGUAUAAAAUUCAAACAUUGAAGGGAAGGGGGCGCGCGAGGAAUUGAAGGAGAAAAGUUGUGAUUUGUGUAUAGACUUAUUUCGUUUCGUUUUUUUUUGUUUACAUAUUUAACCUAAUCUGGAGAAAGCGAGUGCGAACGUACGAGUUCGGCUAUCGAACCGGGAGAGUGGGCUGCCAGUGAAUUUAUUGCCCUCCAAAACAGAGAGAUACGUAAUUCCGUGAAUUCAAUAAAGUGAAUUAACCGUGAUUGUACCUCCGGUACAAACUUUGAACUACUGGUACAAAGUCAAAAUUUUGUACUAUGCAAUUAAAAAUCAAAAAUUUUCAUCCGAUUUUUGGAGUUUUUAUUCAAGCAGAUGGCGCAAAUUGUCUUAACCUUUGUCCACAGCAGUGAGCUGUCAAACUGACGUUUCAAAUGUCAUUUGAAAUCACAGAGUUGUUUUCCAACAGAGAAAAGUCAAAAUCGAACCUGUCAAAAAUGAGUAAUUGAUUUUUCAUGUUUUCUCAGUUUUGGGUAAAGUUUUUACCCAUUUGUUUGUGCAAUUCAACCAAACUUGAGAAAAAUUUACCUAAAUCCGGUUGAAAUCAUCAAUUUACACGGUCAUCCUUGUUUACUCAUAUAUAAUCAAAUUCAAGACAAACAGAAAUGAGUUCGUGAGGCAAAUGUCAAAUUUGGUUGAUUUCACUCAGUUUUCAUUGAACUCUGAGUAAAAUUAAUUGAAAUCUGUCAUUUUGCUCAAUUAUUACUCAUUUUGUGGGUAGGUUCAAGUCUGUUAAUUUCUGGUUAAUUUUGGACUCGCAAGUAGACUUUGACAAAAUUUUAAUAAAAAUAGCUUUGAAAUGAGUUAUUUUGAUUGAGCGCCAUCUUGUUAAAUAAAAAUUCUCAAUAAUCUAUUUUGUAAAAAUAUUGUAAAAUCGAACUGACAGCAAUCCGAUCCAAUUUUUACACCACGAAGCAGCCGCACUCCAAAAUCGAAACCCCGAGCGCGUUCCACCUCGAUCCCGAGAUAUACCAAAGACUGUAUAUGACAUUUAAAGAAACACCUGAAAAAAUCAAGCGAUGAUCAUAUAGUUAGCAAAUAAAAACAAACGUAUUAAAAAAGAACUCUGAAAAAUCAGGUGAAAUCGGAGAGAGAGAGCCGAGUUGAUCUCCCGUUCAAGUCCAGUAAAAGGCAGCCACACAAACACACGUUGGGUGCUUUGUAAAUAUGUAAAAUACUUUUUUUUAUAGGAAUUUAAUCAAUUUGAGUCCAAAACUCCACGACACGAUUUUUCGAGAAUUUUUGCGCUGCGAAUUCGCGAAUUUGUACAUUUACACUUAGAACCUCUUCUAAAUUUACUCAAAUUUCGUUGAGUACUUACUCAAAAUUGAGUUCUGAGGCAAAUGUCAGAUUUUGAUUACUUUGUCUCAAAACACAUCGUUUAGUGAGUUUUGACGAAAUCUGCGUAACUUUAGAUGAGCGUGCACUAACUCACCUAACCUCACUGCGCGCAGCUGUCAAAAGAAAAGAAAUGUCAAAAACGACAAUGUCGAAAGUUUGACGCGCAGCGAGCAAUCCUAUUAAUACUGCAUCAUUACACUGCUAAAGGAGGAAAACAAUAAUUCUAGUCAAAUUUCUAUGAAAAACACUAUUAUUAUAACGAUUAUUAUUAUUAUUAUUCAAUUAACCUGAGUAAAUCCGACCUUUGGAAGCGCGAAAAAAAAAGAAUAACUAUAGCAAAAAAAGAAAAUCAAGAAAUACACUCAACUUAUUCAAGUCAUUAAUCACAAAGAACUAAGUGUUUAUUUAUUAUUAUUUUUUCGUCAAAUGUAUUGCAAUCACAAGAUGAAACAGCCAACAGAAGAAAAAAAAAAAUAAAAACAAACAAACAGUAAAAACGUCCCCAACAAAACUGUUAUCGCUGAAUCGAUUCUGUUAAGCACAAUCCUAAUUGUUUUUAUGUGUCUUUAUAUUAUUAUUUUCUUGUUUUAUUAGGAAAAAGCCAAAGAAGAUUUAUAUUUAUUUUUAUUACGUGAAUAACUUAUUGCUCGUCCACAACAAAACAAAAAAAAAAAAAGAAAAAUCCCCGGGAAAAUGUUUGCGUUGACCAUCCACCAAUAGACGUCCUGCACACGUCGCACACUACAUUGCCUUACCAAAAACAGAAGUAAACCAAAAAAACAAAAGUCAACAUCACACAACCAUCACAGCAAGCCAGGGAAUAAUCAGACGAAAAUUAAUCAGGUAGUAAUUAGGGAAGGAAAGAGCGA